AUUCCUUCUCUCAAACUCUACAUGGUAUCACAGCCUUUGAUCCAAAUCAAUUAAUUUUUUUUUCCUUCGAGCCUCCAUUCAUGGCUUCACCGCCACCAUCACCUACCACCGACACUACUUCCGGCCACAUCUCUAAUGAUGUUCACGUUCCAAACAGCUCGGAACCUCACAAACCUCUCAUUUCUGUUAAUCUUGGGAAUGUCAUCAAACUUUCUCCCACAAAUUACAUCUCUUGGAAACUACAGAUACAAUCCAUUCUUACCGGUUAUGGUCUCGAUGGUUUCCUGGAUGGUUCUCAUCCGUGUCCCCCUGCCACUAUCACCACCAAUGGUGUCAUUCAUCCCAACCCGGCUCAUGUCUCUUGGGUUCGUCAGGAUAAACUCCUUUUCGGCGCUCUUAUUGGCACCCUCACAUCUUCUGUUGUUUCUCUCAUCACACGUGCCAACACUACCAAGGAUGCAUGGAAUACUCUUUCUUCUGUAUACGCUCAACCCUCCCGAGGUCAUAUCAAACAACUCAAGUCUCAACUCAAAAAAUACUCCAAAGGUUCCAAGACUAUUACCGAAUACAUGCAUUUUAUCAAAAACGCUGCCGAUGAAUUAGCACUUCUUGGGAAACCUUUGGAUCAUGAGGACUUCAUUGAAGCUAUCCUUGAUGGUCUUGAUGAAGGAUACAAACUCGUUAUCCUGGUGCUGCCGUUCCCCUGCCCGAAAAAGAGAAGAUGAUUUAUAAGUUCUAUAUGCCCAAAGGAAGUUAUAAAUGUUGCUGCUGCAGAAUUUUAUGCCCGCCACAGAAGGGAUGUUGUUGUUUCCCAUGGCCUAGUUGGUGCAAAUAGAAACGUGAAUCACAUGUGUCCAGGGCCCUUUCGAUAGAUGGAUCGAACAAGUCACACGUGCGAAUUACAUGUAUACUCAUAUGCAAAAUAACUCUAUUAUUUUGCACAUUAAUAUAACCCACAUUAUUAUAUAUAGGUGCAACUAGUGUUGAACCUGGGUGUUGCCCCGAGUGGUGUUGGUACUUUUCAUAUAUGGUUUUAUAAAUGAUAUUUAAAACUUAUGAAUUUGGAUUGCUCUUACCCAACCGAUUUUGGUGGGCUUCUCUCUGGAUUAAUAAACUUGUGAAUUGGUGAAAUGUAGAAUUGAUGAAACCCC